AUGAUUGUAAUAAGCUUUGAACUUGUUCCCUAUAGCCAUUUAGUGUUUCUGGUGAUUUGCUGGACGUCUAUGAUAGUUUAUGUACGGAUUUUAUACAUUCUGCAAGUUAGGAGGCAUAUGGAGUUCAAAUCGUCGUUUUUUCUCAUUGUUAAGUUGCAUGCAAUAACCGACGUGGCAAUGUUUCUAUUUGUAGAACUUAUAGCUCGCCCGAGAAAAUACAAAAUUCAUAAUCUCCUGGAGCCAAUGAAAAAUCACUGGCUCCCCCAAUUCAUAUACUUCUUGCAAACAACUAUUAAAAACACAAUUUUCCUUGGGUAUACGGUAGUGGCUGUCAAUCGAUUUACCAUAAUCUUCAUGCAAAAAUACCAUAAUCAUAUAUGGACCCCUAUGGUUAUUACAGUAAUCUAUGUUUUGGAGUGGGCGGUGCCAGCAGUCGGAUUUUCGAAUUUAUUUUAUAAUACUGGAAAUCACAAUUUCUCGUUGUUAGCCGCAAGUAGUGGUGGGCUGUCGCUGAGGGCAGAUUCAGAUUUCAUGAAGCUCGAUGCUCUGCAGGAUUUAUCGAUUUCUACUUUUUGCUUUCUUGUCAGUUUUACUUUAUACUUUACCAGUAUACUCUACAUUCUAAAAACCAAAACUUUAUCACAUGGCAAAUUGCUCAAAAACUCAACGGAAUUUAUAAUUUUCAAAUGCGCGGUUUUUUCGUUUGUACUAUUCAUCCCAAAUGCUUUGAAAAGUAUAUUUUUAUAUUUUUAUAUUGGUGAGCAGAUAUUUGAUUGGAUAACUGAUUUAUGGUAUUUUACUACUGAAAUUAUGUGCAUUGGAUCCUGCUGGUCAUUGUUGCUGAGUAGCCGAAAGCUCCGAGAGGAGUUUGUACCGAAAAUAAAUUUCUCGUUUUCCGGGAGCUCAAUUGGUACUGUAUCAGGAAGAAUAUUAUAA